CACAUACUAAGUAAGUAAAAGUGAAACUAAACUAAAAGCAGUCAGGGCACAGGAGAAAGGACACACAGGACAGCUAUCUGGUAGAUCCAAAUGUUUUUUACUCUUCACUGAUUUCACUUCUAACAUCACGGACAUGUCAAACACAAGGAGAAUUGUCAUAUUGGGGAAAACUGGAGCUGGAAAAAGCAGCCUGGGAAACACCAUAUUUGGAGAGGAAGAUCGGUUCAUGAUCGGCCACACUCUAAACUCUGAAACAAGAGAAUGUCAAGCAGAAACCAAAUCUGUCAACGGAAGAAACAUCACUUUGAUCGACACUCCUGGUUUCUUUGACACAGAUAGAUCUGAGGAGGAGCUGGAGGAUGACAUGGCGAGGUGUAUCACAGAGUGCGCUCCUGGGCCUCAUGCUUUUCUUAUUGUGCUUAAAGUGGAUAGAGUCACAGAGCAGGAGCAGGCUGUCAUCACAAAAAUAAACCAAUACUUUUCUGAAGAAGUCUUCAAAUAUGCAACAGUUCUCUUCACUCAUGGUGACCAGCUCCCUGAAGGACAGACAAUUGAGGAUUUUUUACGCAAUAAUAACAUUAUGAGUGAUCUGAUGGAGAAAUGCGGAGGCCGCUGCCACGUCAUUGAUAAUAAAUACUGGAAGAACAACCAGCAGGAUGAAUACAGGAACAACCAGUUCCACGUGGAGGAGCUACUUAAAACAAUAGACACGAUAAUUGAAGCAAACGAAGGAAGCUGCUACACCAAUGAGAUGCUACAAGCAGUGGAGGAAGAAAUACAACAAGAGGAGGAGCUCAUUAGACAGUCAUCAGGAAACAUGUCAGAGGAAGAAGUCAGCAAGCAGGCUAAGGGCAGAGUAUCUAUCAAACUGGCAGGUGCUGCAACAGGUGCAUUGCUUGGAGCUUUUUUUGGUGUAGCAGUGAUGGUUAAAGUAGUUGUCGCAGCUUUAAAGGCAGGGCUAGCUAUAGCCAAAAUAGUCACAGCAGGAUUAGCAGCAGCAAAAGAAAUAGGAGCAGCAGCAGGAGGAAAUGCAGCAGAAAUAGGUGCAGAAGCAACAGGAGGAAUAAGAGCAGAAGCAGAAGUAGUAAUAGAAGCAGCAGCAGAAAUAGGAGCAGAAGUAGCUAAAGGAAUAGGAGCAGCAGCAGCAGGAAAAACAUUAGUAAAAAUAGGAGCAGCAGGAGGAGGAACAGGAGCAAAAGUGGCGGGAGCAGCUGGAAAAUCAUUAAUCGGUGUUACAGUGGCAUCUGCUGUAGUGGGAGCGGUGGCAGGAGGUUUUAUAGGAUAUUUUGCAGUUGAGGAAGCAGACACACUAUCAGAAGCAGCAAAGAGGGCAGCAAAGGCUGUCAAAAAUGGAUUCAAAUGUAUUGCAGAUGAAGUAAAUGAUUUUAGCGUGUGAAUAUGUUUAUUCAUAAGUAAUAUAUAAUGGGUUGUAAUAAAUGACUGAGCUUUACUAACUAACUUUAGUCGCUUAUUCUUGUUUCACAAGCUAACCACAGUGUCUGUUUGACAGUCUUAUUUAGUGCAUGCGUAUUGUAAGCUGUAGCCACUAAGAUAAAACAUUUUUAACAGCAUUCAUAGAUUAAAUCUUUAAAAUUGUUUAAAUCAAAGUAGUGUACACUUCUGGCUGGAUUUCUGUCUGCGUUGAAACAUUGCUUGCUGUUUCCUGUUGCAGAAGCUGACCAGGAAAUGUCAUUUAAUGUAUGUACAGCAUCAUUUUAAUAGUUGUGGUUCUUUGUGAUUGCAAUGUGUCACCGAUACAAAUAUGACCAUCGAAUAAAUUGAAACCUAUGAAAAGUU